AUACACCGCAAGAAAUCUCUACUGAAAUUUCUAAUCAACUACCUUUUGCCUUAUCAAUUCAGAAAAGAUCUCAAACAAAAGAAAUCGUUAAUACAUUAAGACAAAUCUUUAUAUUUACAACCUUGCCAAUGACAUAUUUCAUUACAUUACCAGAACUACCAGCUAACCCAGAUGAUCUCAUACUAGAAGGCAAAGAUUUUUUUUCUAUUACAAGCUGA